AUAUUUGUUAUAAUCACAUCGCAGAUGUGUGAUAGCGAUGCUAGCCGUUUGGUGAACCAUGUAUUUGCUCCAAUGUUGACUACCCCGCGUCCUAAUAUCAGUCUGGACGGCAGUGUCACUCCAAGACAUGAUCGGCUAUCAUCGUAGGAUAUCGUCGCAUUUAGCCACAGAAUGGGGCCUAAUUUGUGGCCUUGUAUUCGUCUGCGAGUCGCCAAUAUGAGUACCAGCCUAGGUAGACAUGUAGAAACGAGCAUCGAAGGCACAUUCCGCUUGCCGCAGCUUUGACUAGAUCCCUGGUGCCUGCGUGCUGUGUUCGGUGUGGUUUCACGUCGUGUACCCUCGCCUGAAUGUGUUAACAUGUCCGUCAUUAAGUCCAAUAUUUAAGGGAAUCUCUGUUUGAUGCCGACGGAGUGGCGAGAAUAUGCCGAUGGAGGGUAUGAUUUCUUAGAAGCGAUGGGUUAUCUUGGUUGAAGAUGUUGUUGCUUUAAUGAUUGAGUGGUAUGAAACCUUCUGUUUACGGAAGCAACCCUCUCGAACCUAGGAACCGGGAGCGUUGAGACCUGGUUGUCUAUACACUUGAUCUGAAGUCUAUAUUAAUAACUGUAUCGAGGUUAGUACCAUCAAUUAGAAGAAAAAGCCAACGAUCUCAACCCCUUACCCCUAUCUGAUACUUGACCAUGGAGAGGCACGUCGCUGCUGUAAAAAAGGAGUUUAGGACGGACGUUACCGUCAAUAGGGUAGCAAAAUUCGCCCGCACUGCGCCACCCAAGUUCCCAUCUGCUGCUAGACAAUACCUUCUCGACAAGCUCCCUAUUAUCGAAUGGAUUCCACGAUAUUCACCACCAUGGCUUCUUCAAGACUUCAUGGCCGGUCUUACGAUCGGAGUCUUGCUCAUUCCUCAAGGUCUAGCGUAUGCCAAGAUUGCGACGAUUCCAAUCGAAAAUGGGUUGUACUCUUGCUGGGUCCCUGCCGCCGUAAUGGUAUUCAUGGGGACAUCGAAGGACUUGUCAACAGGACCAACAUCUAUCCUCGGUUUAUUGACGGCGGAAAUAAUUCGUGACUUAAAGAACGAGUACACACCUGUCGACAUCUCAUCGGCCGUCGCCAUGAUGGUGGGUAUUUGGUCCCUCCUUAUAGGUUUACUUGGACUUGGGUUUCUCCUCGACUACGUCUCGAUCCCCGUACUCACCGGAUUCAUCUCGGCCACGGCCUUCGUGAUUGGGAUGGGUCAAGUCGCUUCGCUUGUCGGGCUCAGCGGCGGCCCGGAUGGUGCCUUUAAUCAACUCGGCGAUGCCCUCAAACGGCUCCCACACUGGGACGGCCCAACCUGUGGGAUCGGAUUCGGAACAAUACUUAUCCUCCUGAUACUCCAAAAGAUAGGUCAGAAAUGGGGCCAUAAGCAUUUUGCCAUCAAGUACAUGGCGAGCAGCAGGGCAAUCAUCGUGAUGGUGAUCUUCACUUUGAUAUCCUACCUCGUCAAUAAGGAUCGAGAUGAAUACCUUUGGGGUAUUAGCCAAGUCAAUACGCAUGGAAUCCAACAUCCCAAAGCCCCAAGUGCCGCAUUACUCUCGAAGGUUGUGGCACGAUCUAUCGCACCGCUAGUUGCAUGUACGCUUGAGCAUCAAGCGGUUGGUAAGGCCUUCGGUCGCAGGAACCACUACGCCAUCGACCCGACUCAGGAGUUCAACUACCUCGGUGUUACCAAUAUCGUCAACGCGUUCUUCGGCGCGAUGCCUGUCGGCGGGGCGAUAUCUCGAACAGCCGUUAAUUCGGAGUGUCACGUCAAGAGUCCUCUAAAUGGCGUCGUAACCGCGGGCUUCAUCAUCCUGACGCUCUAUGUCUUCUCCCCAGCCCUGUACUGGCUUCCGAAAUCCACUCUGGCUGCCAUUAUCAUAAUGGCCGUCAUCCACCUCUUCGGCCCACUCUCCCUAAUCUGGCGAUACUGGCGCAUCUCCCUCGCCGACUUCAUCGCAUGCAUGGUCUCCUUCUGGAUCACCAUCUUCGUAUCAGCCGAAAUCGGCAUCGGCGCCGCGGCCGGAUGGAGCGUAGCCUGGACGCUCCUACGAUCCGCAUUCGCGAAGCCGACAAUCCACAUCAACAGCACCGCCCCGAACUCAACCUCCAGCCCUAGCAGCAACAGCACCAACAGCAACGGCCCAACCGACUUCCAACCCCUCGCCCUCUUCCCUACCGCCACUACCACGACUAUCACGCAGCAGAUAACCGAAAAUAUCGGCGGCCCGAGUAUACCGGAAGACACGGUCAUCGUCCGCUUCGCGGACUCGCUGUUCUUCCCCAACGCGAACCGGAACAAGGUCACUGCGCUCGAAGCCAUCCAGCUCGCGUACCCGAGCGUGCAAAGCCCGCAGUACAGUGCGGACGCGGAGCGCAUGUGGAGCGUGGCAGCGGAACGGCGACUCGCACGACUACGCGUUAGUCGCGGCAUCGUGAUGCGCGAGAUGCCGCUCGCGGUCGUGGUCUGGGAUUUCGGUAUGGUGCCGUUUGUCGACGCGACCGGAGUUACCGCGCUCGCGGAACUGAAAGACGAUGUGCGUCGCCAGCUGGGCUUUGGGGUGCAGAUCCGGAUUGUGGGGAUGGCAGAGGGGGUGAGGGCGAGGUUUGCGAGGGCGGGGUGGAGGCUGGUGGAUGUGGAUGGGUUGAUGGAUGGGGCGGCUGAUGUGGUGUAUCCUUCGCUUGAGAGGGCGAUUUGGGAUGAGAGGGAUCGGGAUAGUUUGAAGGGGGUUACUACGGAGAAGGUUUGAGAGGGUUGGAUUUUGAAGAAGGUGGGUCUGGUUUCCCCGUUUGCUGCGCUAGGAUGAUAUCCCUCUUGGUGUUGAAUAUAAGAGAGCGAGCUCUAGAUAUGGGUGAUGAAUUGUUUGUAGUGUUGGCUAUGGAUAAGAAUGACGCUUGCCACCUGGUGCGCUUUUAACCAUGCGUAUUCACAAGUUGAGGUGCGGCGUGGUAGUGAGUGAGUGAGCAAAGGUAUGAAGAUGCUGCUUUGUUAUAGGUAUAAUCUGACCGAAUGUUUUCCACUAUGUCACGGGUGACAUCGAAGCAGAACGUCACGUUGAUAAUGAUAUCCUUAACUUUGGGAGCUGGCGAUAGGAGGAUGAGAGAUGUAUAGGAAAUUAGUUGCGCCGAGUUUGUGUGUUAAACUGGAUGUUGUGAAGUUUUGAAGAAUACAUGGGCGCGCUAUCAAACAUAGAAGUAACCAAAUUGUAAUUCAAUAUCCCAUAAGUCUAGGAAAUAAUUCGAAUUCAUGAAUUGAGUACGAUUUGAG